AAUGGAGCCAUUUACAUUGCUCAUUCUCGUGGCAUUUAUUUUAUUAGCUCUCUAUUAUUUUUUAACAUGGAAUUAUAAUUUUUGGCAAAAACAAGGAAUACCAUGCGCAAGUGGAAUAAUUCCCCUAAUGGGAAAUAUGGGUUCAGUUAUAUUUUUAAAACAAAGUUUCAAUAGUCUUUGUGAAAAAUAUUAUAAACAAAAUGAAAAAGUUAGUAUGUUUGGAUUUUAUCAAUUGACAACGCCAACAUUAUUAAUACGUGAUCCAGAAUUAAUUAAAAAUAUUUUACAAACAAAUUUCAUUAAUUUUCCUGACAAUCAAUUUCAAGUGGCAUGCGAGAAGAGAGACUCGCUCAUUUCAGUGAAUCCCUUUUUCUCGAAAAUGAAUAAACACUGGAGAGAUAGUCGAGCACCACUUUCAAAUGCAUUUUCAAGCAAGAAAUUAAAAGCAUUGUUUGUGUUGGUUAAAGAUGUCGCAUCAAGAAUGGAGGAAUAUAUUACAAAGAAAAUUCAUCAACAAAAUGGUCAAGCUGAAUUGGAAUUUAAACAAUUAUUUAAUCUCUAUACUGGUGAAAUAUCAGCGGCUGGUGUUGGUAUUAAGGGUAAUAAUUUUGAAGACGAUUCAAAAACAACAAAAAAUGAAUGGAGUUAUAAAAAAAUGCUUGAGGAAGUUUUUAAUACACCAUUUUUUGCCGGUGGAUUACUUCAAGUGAUAUUUGUCAAUAUACCAUGUUUAGGGAGAAUUUUUAAUAUUCAAAUGACACCAAAAGGUGUUGAUUCAUUUUUUCGUAGUACAGUGAAAAAAAUUCUCGCUCAACGAGAAAUUGAAAAGAAAAAUUAUAAUGAUUUUUUACAAAUAAUUAAUGAUUAUGUGCAAGCAAAUCCCUCGUCAAUUGAUGAGGAAACAUUAGUAGCAUCACAUAUGUUAUCAUAUACGGCUGAAAUUUAUGAAACAUCAGCAAUUACAUUAAGUUUCACUGCAUUUCAAUUGGCAGUUUAUCCUGAAAUACAAGAGAAAGUACGUCAAGAAUUGAGAGUUAUAUUAAAAAAAUAUAAUGGUAAAUUAGAAUACGAUGGAUUAAAAGAAAUGACAUAUUUCGAUCAAGUUUUAAAUGAAUCAAUGCGUCAAAAUCAUGUUGUUGGAACAAUGGUGAAAAUUUGUAGCAAAGAAACUGAAUUAAUUGGUUCAGAUGGACUUUCUUGUCGUAUUAAACCGGGUAAUUUGGCAGUGAUAUCAACCUAUGGUUUACAAAUGGAUCCAAAUUAUUGGCCAAAUCCAGAGAAAUUUGAUCCCGAUCGUUUUAGUGAUGGACAAAAAGCAGGAAGGCAUAAAUUUACAUUUCUUCCUUUUGGCGAAGGACCGAGAAUUUGUGUUGGAAUGAGAAUGGCUAUUAUGAUGAUUAAAGUGGCAAUAGCGACAAUUUUAAAAGAUUAUUCAUUACAAGUUUCACCAAAAACACCAUUGCCUUUGGUGAGAAAUGAGGCACGAUUUUUGAGCGCCUAUCAUAAAGGUUUGUGGGUUAUUUUAAAACCCGUAAAAUCAUGUGCUUUAUCAUUCUUGACUAUACAGAAAAUGAUAAAACCGAUACAGAUAGAAUUUGCAACUUUAGUCUUUAAAUUUAUUCCAUCGAAGAUGGAUUUAAUUUUUCUUCUCGUUCUCAUAAUUAUUAUUUUAAUAUCCCUUUAUUAUUAUCUAACAUGGAAUUAUGAUUAUUGGCAGAAACAAGGUAUACCAUACGAUGAAAAUAUUAUUCCCGGUUUUGGUAAUAUAUCGUCAAUAAUUUUUCUCCGUCAAAAUUUAGCGAGUUUAUGUGAAAAAUAUUACAAAAAAUAUAAAAACAUCAGUAUGUUUGGAUUUUAUCAAUUAACAACACCAACAUUACUUGUACGUGAUCCAGAAUUAGUGAAAAAUAUUUUAUUAACAAAUUUCACAAAUUUUGCCGACAAUCAAUUAGAAUUGGGUUCAAAGAAAAAAGAUGAAUUACUUCAAUAUAAUCCAUUUUUUUCAAAACAAAAAACAUGGAAAGAUAAUAGAGUGGCUAUUUCAAAUGCAUUUUCAAGUAAAAAAUUGAAAUUAAUGUUCACCUUUAUACAAGAUGUAACGUUAAAUUUAGAAAAAUAUUUAAAACGAAUUGUAAAAAAAGAACAUGAAAUUGAAUUAAAAAAUUUCUUUAAUUUAUAUACUGGUGAGCUUGCAACUACAGGUAUUGGUGUUCAAGGUCACAAUUUUCAAGAUGAUCAAUUUUCAAAUGACAAAUGGCUUACGAAAAAUGCACUCGAGGGUAUAUUUGCAGCACCUGCAUUUAAUGGUGGAUUAAUUCAAGUUAUUUUCAAUCAUAUGCCAAAAUUGGCGAAAUUAAUGAACAUUGGAGUGAUAACGAAAAGUGUUGAUGAUUAUUAUCGUCAUGUAGUUAGAAAUAUUCUCGCCUAUAGAAAACGAGAAAAUGUAACAAGUAACGAUUUUUUACAAAUAAUAUCCGAUUAUAUAAAAACACAUGCGUCACAUUCAAACGAAGAAGCAGCAAUUGCUUCUUAUUCAUUAUCAUUUACGGUUGAAGUUUAUGAGACAACAGCAAUGACAUUAAGUUUUACAGUUUUUCAAAUAGCAGCAAAUUCACAUGUUCAAGAAAAGGCGAGAAAUGAAAUUGAAAUGAUUCUCAAAAAACAUAAUGGUGAAUUAAAUUAUGAAAUAGUCAAAGAAUUCACUUAUUUAGAACAAAUUAUUAAUGAAUCAAUGAGAAUGAAUCACGUAAUGGGAAUAUUGAUGAAAAUUUGUACAAAUCAAACAAAAUUAAUUGGAUCAGAUGGACUUUCUUGUACAAUAAAACCAGGACAAGCGGUUGUGAUAUCAACUUUUGGAUUACAAAUGGAUGAAAAUUAUUGGCCAGAACCAGAGAAAUUUGAUCCCGAACGAUUUAAUGACGAGCAAAAAGGUGAAAGACAUAAAUUUGCAUUUCUUCCAUUUGGCGAAGGACCGAGAAUUUGUGUUGGUAUGAGAAUGGCAAUUAUUACAAUGAAAUUGGCAAUUAUUACAAUAUUGAGAAAUUUCUCAUUGGAACUAUCGUCAAAAUCUCCAUUUCCUUUAGUACGCGAUGAAUCGAAAUUUUUAAGUGCUUAUGAAAAAGGACUUUGGGUUAACAUGAAACCUUUGUCACAGACAUUUUAAUUUUGAUAUUAAAAUAAUAUACUACUUUACUUUCGUCUUUGUCAUUUUUAAAUUUUACCUAAGAAAAAAAUAUUUCUAAUUUAUAAAAAUGUGAAAAUAUUUUUCAUACACUACGAGGAAAAAAGAUUAUUUAUUUUAAUUAAAUAGCAAAUAAAACAUUGUACAUUUUAUUUACAAAUUAAAAAUACUUGAACGGGAAAAAA